AAAAAAGAUCUUCUUCCUCUUCACUCCGAUUUCUCCUACGGUCUCUUUCUCUCUCUGAGAAAUCGAGAGACUAAUAUUUGUCACCUGAAAUUUGUUCCCUGGAAAAUCGUUCGUUUGGUGUUUCUUCGUCGCAGUCUUCUUCUCAGAAACUAGGGAUCCCAUUGCUCCGAGUGGUGACGUUUGGUACAGAUUCUGGUUCUGUUGUUUGUGGAGUGUUAGAGAAUGAGCUCUCAAGUCAGGAGAGAUCGGAGAGAGAGGCAAAGAUUCACUCCUCAAACUACGCAACAAACAUGGGUUCCAAGAGGAACUUCCUCGACCUCUGUGGUUGUAAACGAGACUACCUUUCCUUUCGACGCGAAUACAAAUUUUGGAAGCCUUGAUGCUGGUGCUAGACCCGGUCCUGUUUAUCAGCAAAGGCAGCACUAUGAGUCUGGCCCUCUGCUUAAUAACCCGCAACAAAGGAGUAAUGUCUUGGGUCCUCCUCCUUUUAACCGUCAAAGGAGGAAUAAUGGUUCGAGAACUGUGCCGGAUAACCGUCAGAGAGGUGGUUCUAGGGGUCGCUUGGUCCAGACUGUGAAUGAGGGAACAGGGUUGGAUAAAGAAAGGAGUGGGCAUAAAGAGAAUACUGUGUUGACAAACCCAAAUCUGCCUCAACUUUUGCAAGAGAUACAGGAUAAGCUAAUGAAAGGUUCUAUUGAGUGUAUGAUUUGUUAUGAUAUGGUUAGGCGGUCUGCUAAUAUUUGGUCUUGCUCCAGUUGUUACUCCAUAUUCCAUCUGAACUGUAUCAAGAAAUGGGCUCGAGCGCCAACUUCGGUGGAUUUGUUGGCGGAUAAAAACCAAGGUAGUAAUUGGAGAUGUCCAGGUUGUCAGUUUGUUCAGUUGACAUCGUCAAAGGAUAUACAGUAUCGAUGCUUUUGUGGAAAGAGGAAAGACCCACCUAGUGAUCCAUAUUUGACUCCUCACUCUUGUGGAGAUAUAUGUGGGAAGCCGCUGGAGAAAGAGUUUGCAACAGCUGCGAUGGCUAACGAAAAUACUUGUCCUCAUGUUUGUGUAUUGCAGUGUCAUCCCGGUCCAUGCCCUCCAUGUAAGGCAUUUGCCCCACCUCGUAACUGUCCUUGCGGUAAGAAGAUGAUCAGAACCAGAUGCUCCGAAAGAAAAUCUAAUCAUACUUGUGGGCAGAGUUGCGAUAAGCUUCUUUAUUGUGGCCGUCAUCGAUGUGAAAGGGCAUGUCAUGUGGGGGCUUGUGAUCCAUGUCAGGUACAAGUCAAUGCCUCCUGCUUUUGCAAGCAAACAGUGGAGAGUGUAAUCUGUGGUGACAUGAAUGUGAAGGGAGAGGUGAAAGCAGAAGAUGGCGUGUUUUCAUGCAAAUUGAACUGUAGAAAACAGCUUGAGUGUGGUAACCAUUACUGUCGUGAUGUUUGCCAUCCUGGGCCUUGUGGGGACUGUGAGUUCCUGCCUAGUAGAAUUAAGUCAUGCUAUUGUGGAAAAACGAGUUUGGAAGAGGAGAGGCGGAGUUGCCUUGAUCCAAUUCCUUCUUGCUCGAACAUAUGCAGCAAGUUUCUUCCAUGUGGCCUGCAUAACUGCAAAGAAAUGUGCCAUUCAGGUGGUUGUUCGCCUUGUUUAGUCCAAGUGCGCCAAAAAUGUCGGUGCGGCUCAACAUCUCGGACUGUGGAAUGCUACAAGACAGUUUUAGAGACAGAGAAGUUCAUUUGCGCUAAACCAUGUGGCCGUAAGAAAAACUGUGGGAGGCAUAGAUGUAAUGAGCGGUGCUGCCCUCUCCUGAACCAUCCAAAGAAUGAUGAUCUCUCAGGCGAUUUUUUUGAUCUCCACUUUUGCCAUAUACCUUGUGGAAAGAGGCUAAGGUGCGGACAGCAUUCCUGUGAAACUCUCUGUCACACUGGUCAUUGUCCUCCUUGCCUCGAGAUGAUUUUCACUGAUCUUGCAUGUGCUUGUGGGAAAACUUCGAUACCUCCUCCAUUACCAUGUGGAACGCCUGUCCCGAGUUGUCAGCUUCCUUGCUCGGUUCCUCAGCCUUGUGGCCAUUCCGCUACACAUGGUUGCCAUUUUGGAGACUGCAUGCCUUGUUCAGUACCCAUGGAGAAGAAAUGCAUUGGUGGUCAUGUGGUUCUCAGGAACAUACCGUGUGGGUUAAAAGACAUUAGAUGUAACAAAAUAUGCGGAAAGACAAGGUGUUGUGGCAUGCAUGCUUGUGCCAGGGCGUGUCACUCUAAACCAUGUGACAAUGGUGGUAACGCAUCUGUAACUGGUCUGCGUGUUACUUGCGGUCAGACGUGUGGUGCUCCUAGAAGAGACUGCAGACACACUUGUGCAGCACUGUGCCAUCCUUCUGCGCCUUGUCCUGAUCAGAGAUGUGAGUUUCCACUCAAAAUUGCUUGUUCAUGUGGUCGCAUAACAGCUACCAUCCCUUGUGAUGUCGGAGGAAGUGCUGGUGGUUUUAGCGGUGACUCUAUCUAUGAAACCUCCAUUUUGCAGAAGCUUCCAGUGCCGCUCCAACCUGUCGAGUCAAAUGGGAAUAGGAUUCCUCUUGGGCAGAGAAAGCUUACUUGUGAUGAAGAGUGUGCUAAGGUGGAACGUAAACGGGUUCUUCAAGAUGCAUUUGAUAUCACUCCUCCAAGUUUAGACGCUUUACAUUUUGAUGAGAAUACUGCCAUGACUGAGAUCAUUUCAGAUCUUUAUAGACGUGACCCUAAGUGGGUGCUAGCAGUUGAGGAGCGAUGCAAGUUCUUGGUACUUGGAAAAGCCAGAGGUAGCACAAGUAGUUCCCUAAAGCUCCAUAUCUUCUGUACUAUGGAAAAGGAUAAAAGAGAUGCAGUACGGUUGAUAGCUGAGAGGUGGAAACUUGCUGUAAGCAAUGCUGGGUGGGAACCAAAACGCUUUGCAGUGGUUUACGUUACACAGAAGUCAAAACCCCCUACAAGGAUCAUUGGAGUCAAAGGUGUUGCCUCCGCAGGCGGGCCCCACGCACCAGCCUUUGAUCCACUGGUUGAUAUGGAUCCUCGACUCGUGGUUUGUUUUUCUGAUCUCCCAAGGGAAGCUAAUAUCAGUGCCUUGGUUCUGAGAUUUGGAGGCGAAUGCGAGCUUGUUUGGUUGAAUGACAAGAAUGCAUUAGCCGUCUUCCACGAUCCACUUCGAGCAGCCACUGCCAUGAGAAGACUUGAACACGGUUCUGCGUACCAAGGAGCGGUAGUUGUUGUACAGAACCAAGGACAAUCUCCGUCUCUUAGUAACGCAUGGGGAAUACCAGGCAGCUCGGUUAAGAGAGGAAAUCCAUGGCAUAAGGCAGUGAUUAAGGAAUCAGAUGACUCUUGGGGAAUAGAAGAUUCUCCCAUUGGAGGUUCUAUGUUGAAAUCAGCAAAGGAUAACGCUUUGAUCACUCCUUUAGUCAACCGUUGGAGCGUUCUCGAGUCAGAUAAGACUGUUUCAGUGGAGCCGCUAGCUCAGACCGAAGGGACAAGUAGUUCGAAAGCUGCUGGUAAAGAACCGGAAGAGACCGCAGUGGUUGAUGAUUGGGAGAAAGUAUGCGAAUGAGUGGAGAAGAUAAAACGCCAAUGCAGUUUCUCUGUGAGUACUUAAAUUUUUUUGCUUUUGACUAUUGGACUAGUGGAGCUUCAUUCACUUGUGGUGUUCUUUCACUUCGGAGCUCAAAAACAGAGGAUCGUUUAUUUAGAUUGGUCAACUUCUUUUGAAGCUUUUUAUGUUUUGAAAACUUUUCUCGAAACCCGUAGUUUAUGUUGAAAUUUUACUCAUAUGAUAUGAGACUCUCUGAAUCAAAAAAGAAUCUUUGUUGGGUUAGCCUA